CCAUGUUCCCAUUUACACUAAAAAAUUAAAAAGAAGCCGCUGCCCCUUUUUUCCUUGGCCAAAAAAAUAUCCUUUCUCUCUCUACCAAAAUUACCCCUUUCCCAAAAUUUUUUCAUCCAUAUCCAAAAAAAUGGACCCUUCUCUCUCGUCCAUCCCCAUAGACCCUCUUCCCCCGAUCGCUCCCCCGCCCAUCAUCCCCGCCGUCUCCACCGCCGUGGCCAACCCGACUACGACCGCCGGUCUCCCUCCUAAUUUGAGCCACCCGCCUUACUCUGAGAUGAUAAGCGAGGCGAUUGAGGCUUUGAAAGAGAGGAACGGGUCAAGUAAAAGGGCGAUAGCCAAGUACAUAGAGUCAGCUUACAAAGACUUACCACCGACACACUCGGCCUUGUUGACUCACCACUUGAAGCGCUUGAAAAACAACGGUAUCCUUGUUAUGGUCAAGAAAUCUUACAAGCUGGCUACCGCAGCUAGAUCUGAUGCUUCCCUUCCGGAUUCAGCCCCCCCUCACCCUCCCGAUGCUUCUCCUGGGCCCAAAAGGGGCCGCGGCCGCCCUCCCAAGCCCAAGCCCACAAUCCCCACUGUUGACCCCAACUCUCAGCAGCCCGUACCUCUGGUUGAUGGGCCUAAGAAAUCCCCCGGUAGGCCCAGGAAAGAUGGGCCCGCCGGUCAACUUGGGCCUAGGAAGGGGCGUGGUCGCCCGCCGAAAAGUGGACCCAAGAAGAGCCCCGGUCGGCCGAGGAAGCCGAAGACGGUGAGGUCAGUGGUGGGGGCUAACGCGGUGAAAAGAGGCCGUGGACGGCCUCCUAAGGCCUUGACCCAGUUACCCCCAUCGGCUGUUUUGCCGAUCCAGGUUCAACCCAUGGCUGUUCCUUAUGCUGAUGCUCCGGCUGCUGUUGCUCCUAUUUUACCAAGGCCCAGAGGAAGACCCAAGGGCGCAGCCGGAGCUGCUGGCGCUGUGGUCCCUGGAAAGCGGAGAGGUCGACCACCCAAGAUUGGUGGGGUCUCUACUAACCCGAUUAAGCCCAAGAAAACCACUGGAAAGCCCGUGGGCCGCCCUAAGAAGACAACUGAAGGAGCGGACACAAAGGCGUUAGCUGCAGCCUAUGGGGAGGCUAAGAGAAAACUUGAAUUCUUUCAAUUAAAAGUGAAGCAAGCAGUUGGAGCACUGAAGCCUCAGUUCAGCAGUGAAAGCAACAUCAGUGUGAUUGGCGCAAUCCAAGAGUUAGAAGGACUUGCCGCAAUGGACAUUGGUACACCAUCUACAGAGGAAGCUCAACCACCUCCGCCCCCACCUCCGACGCAACCACCAGUUACGCAGAACGAAGGACAAGUGCAUUGAUCCUUUCUUUUCCUGUAUGUUUAGCAAGAGUUGUAGAAAUGUUCUGACCUAGACACAACCAAUGAUAUUUCUGUAAAGGGAAAUAGGAAGUUGCAAAUCUAAUUGUGAUUGUUGUUGAGGUUUGUUGUUUGUGUAACUUUUUCAUGACUUCAAUUUUAUCUCAUUCUCUGUACUGAUUCCAAUUUUUUUUUUAUGCAACUUGAGUACAAUUUCAUCUGCACUUCUAAUAACCCGAACCUGGGAAUUAUUGAC